CCUCGGGCCCUGCAAAGGGACGUGUUCUCCUUUAAGAGUUAAGAAACUUGAAACCUUGUUUGCGCAACAAUCAGCGCCGCGGAGCCGCCAAAGUGUCUAGACUGGCAUAUGAUGGGAGGCAGCCAAUGACUCCGCGGCGCUCCUCCGGGGGCCCUCAGUGUGCGUUUGAGGAGAACAAAAAAGAGAGCGAGCCGAGCGGGGGAGCGAGCGAGGGCGCCGCGCCGAGAGCCCGAGCCGCCGGGCGCUGCCGCGCCAGCCCUCGCGGGGACCGCGGGGCCACCGGGAGGCACUUUGGCGGAGGGGGGAGGCGGGCGACCUCGGCCGCCGCGGCGCCCGGCGCGUCCGAGCGCGGCGCGGGGCGGGCUGCGACCUCGGCCUCGGCGGACUGCACUUUUCAUUAAGGAUCCCCGGCAGCUCUUUGGGAAUUUUUGCAGCUUCCACUCAAUGUGUUGACACCCGCGUCCGGGAGGACUCGCUCCAAGUGCAUCUAGCGCCGGGGACCUGAGACGGAGUUGGCCUUCCGUGCACGCAAAUCCAGGGACUGGGGGUUUUGUUUUGGGAUCGCUUCUCCCUCUCCUUCCUUCCUUUUUUUCCCCCCUCCCCGCCCCCCCCUCCCCUUUUAUUUUGCAGGGAGUUAAGAAGGGAGCUGAGGGUAUCUACAAGCCUGCCUUUCGGACCUGGCAGGAAGAGCCCAUGUAGUGGAGCGCUUGAGUUUUUUUAAAAGCAGGGCUUCCCAGACACACUCGGGGUCCGGCGCGAGCGCUUUGUGCCCAUGGACCAGCCGCGCGUCUCCUGAAGGCUCGCCGGCCCCUCGCGGGGUCGUCGCCGCCGCGGCGCGCCGCCUGCAGCCCCCCGGAGCGCGGGCGCUGGAGUGGCCGAGCGGCGCGGCCCCCGGCCCCGCGCGUGCUCUCGGCCCGCCCGCCUCGGCGAGCUCCCUCAUGUUGCAACCCUGCGGCGCCCCUUCGACGACGGGCUGUGCGCGGUCUGCACGGCGCUCCGCGGCGGAGCUUCAUGUGGGGCUGCGGCCCGCGCCUCGCUGAGGGAACGGACCCCUGGUAACCGGAGACCGCCUCCCCUCCACCCCCGGCGCCAAAGGAUAUCGUAUGUUCAGGUCCAAACGCUCGGGGCUGGUGCGGCGACUUUGGCGAAGUCGUGUGGUCCCCGACCGGGAGGAAGGCGGCGGCGGCGGCGGCGGCGGCGACGAGGAUGGGGGCUUUGGCAGCCGAGCUGAGCCGGCCCCGCGGGCACGAGAGGGCGGAGGCUGCGGCCGCCCCGAAGUCCGCCCGGUAGCCCCGCGGCGGCCCCGGGACGCGGUGGGACAGCGAGGCGCCCAGAGCGCGGGCAGGCGCCGGCGCGCAGGGGGCCCCCAGAGGCCCGUGUCGGAGCCGGGGGCCGGCGCUGGGGGCUCCCUGCUGGACGUGGCGGAGCCGGGCGGCCCGGGCUGGCUGCCCGAGAGCGACUGCGAGACGGUGACCUGCUGUCUCUUCUCGGAGCGGGACGCCGCCGGCGCGCCGCGGGACGCCGGGGACCCCCUGGCCGGGGCGGCGCUGGAGCCGGCGGGCGGCGGGCGGAGCCGCGAAGCGCGCUCGCGGCUGCUGCUGCUCGAGCAGGAACUGAAGACGGUCACGUACUCGCUGCUGAAGCGGCUCAAGGAGCGCUCGCUGGACACGCUGCUGGAGGCGGUGGAGUCCCGCGGCGGCGUGCCGGGCGGCUGCGUGCUGGUGCCGCGCGCCGACCUCCGCCUGGGCGGCCAGCCCGCGCCGCCGCAGCUGCUGCUCGGCCGCCUCUUCCGCUGGCCCGACCUGCAGCACGCCGUGGAGCUGAAGCCCCUGUGCGGCUGCCACAGCUUCGCCGCUGCCGCCGACGGCCCCACCGUGUGCUGCAACCCCUACCACUUCAGCCGGCUCUGCGGGCCAGAAUCUCCACCACCCCCCUACUCUCGGCUGUCUCCUCGCGACGAGUACAAGCCACUGGAUCUGUCUGAUUCCACAUUGUCUUACACUGAAACCGAGGCCACCAACUCCCUCAUCACUGCGCCCGGUGAAUUCUCAGACGCCAGCAUGUCCCCGGACGCCACCAAGCCGAGCCACUGGUGCAGCGUGGCGUACUGGGAGCACCGCACGCGCGUGGGCCGCCUCUACGCCGUGUACGACCAGGCCGUGAGCAUCUUCUACGACCUACCUCAGGGCAGCGGCUUCUGCCUGGGCCAGCUCAACCUGGAGCAGCGCAGCGAGUCGGUGCGGCGCACGCGCAGCAAGAUCGGCUUCGGCAUCGUGCUCAGCAAGGAGCCCGACGGCGUGUGGGCCUACAACCGCGGCGAGCACCCCAUCUUCGUCAACUCCCCGACGCUGGACGCGCCGGGCGGCCGCGCCCUGGUCGUACGCAAGGUGCCGCCCGGCUACUCCAUCAAGGUAUUCGACUUCGAGCGCUCGGGCCUGCGGCAGCAGGCGCCCGAGGCGGACGCGGCCGACGGCCCCUACGACCCCAACAGCGUGCGCAUCAGCUUCGCCAAGGGCUGGGGGCCCUGCUACUCGCGGCAGUUCAUCACCUCCUGCCCCUGCUGGCUCGAGAUCCUGCUCAACAACCAGAGAUAGCGGCGGCCGCCGCGGGCCCCCGCAGACGCAGCCCCCCCCCACGGACCCCUCCCCCACCCCCAUAUCAUCUACCUAGAUUUAAUAUAAAGUUUUAUAUAUUAUAUGGAAAUAUAUAUUAUACUUGUAAUUAUGGAGUCAUUUUUACAAUGUAAUUAUUUAUGUAUGGUGCAAUGUGUGUAUAUGGACAAAACAAGAAAGACGCACUUUGGCUUAUAAUACUUUGAAUACAGAUAUAUUUUCUUUCUUUUCCUCCUUCUUCCUCUUUUUUUUUUUUUAAAGAAAAUGAUAACAGCAGAGCUGGGUGGAAAAGCCUGGGUUUGAUCUAUGGUUUUUGAAAUCUUGAUUCCCAGACAAAAAGCUAAUACCAGUCACUCGUUGAUAAUAAAGUAUUUGCAUUAUA